CUACUUCCUGUGCUGUUAACAGUAGCAGUAUUUUCUACGAAAUGUCAGAGAAAGGAGAGGUAGAUUUAACCGGUGCCAAACAGAACACAGGUGUAUGGCUGGUGAAGGUUCCCAAAUACUUGUCUCAGCAAUGGGCGAAGGCGUCUGGCAGAGGCGAGGUCGGGAAACUCCGAAUAAGCAAGAACCAAGGCAAAGCAGAGGUGUCUUUCACUUUGAAUGAAGAGCUGACUAAAAUAGAGGGAAUUGGAGACAAAACUGUGUCUGCACCCCGCGAUCAUCCAUUUACCAUGCAGACAGUGGGAGGUCAGACACUGGCGGUCUUCACUGAGACCUCCUCAGGCCAGUCAGAAGAGAGAUCUGAUGGCAGCAGCUCAGGUUCGGGGGCGGGGGCAGGUCCAGAUAAAAUAGCCUUGGAGGGAGUGGUGGUGCAGAGAGCAGAAUGUAGACCCGCCGUUAGCGAGAGCUACAUGAAGCUCAAGAGGAUACAAAUUGAAGAGUCUUCCAAGCCUAUCAGGUUGUCUCAACAGUUGGAGAAGGCUGUCACAAACAACUAUAAACCUGUGUCAAACCACGCUUACAAUCUGGAGUAUGAGAGGAAAAAGAAGGAGGAAGGCAAGAGAGCAAGGGCUGACAAACAGCAAGUGUUGGAUAUGUUGUUUUCUGCCUUUGAGAAGCACCAGUACUACAAUAUCAAAGACCUGGUGGAUAUCACCAAGCAGCCUGUGAUUUACUUAAAGGAAAUCUUGCAUGACAUAGGCAUCUACAACAUGAAGGGAACUCACAAAAACACCUGGGAGCUGAAGCCAGAGUACCGACAUUACCAGGGCGAGGAAAAGACCGAUGAUUAGAUUCUUCCAAAAGAUCACCUAGAGUUUGCCAUUCUCUCCCUGGACUAAGCCCUGGCUGGCUCAUGGACUUCUUGCCUCAGUUCUCAUCCUCAAAACAUAUUGGAUGAUUGAGCAGAGUAGUUUUGAGGCAAAAAGUUGUCCGUUUUCUCCAUUUCAUUUUGGAGAGGGGUAGAGAUCGAAGAGAUGCAGGGAGCAACUCAGCCAUUUACUCUAAAGGUGUGAAUUGUUUCUUUCAUGUGUUUUUCUAACACACAACCUGAGUAAAAGGCCUUAGUAUUUGAAUUAUUUGUUCUUAUCCAUCAGCAGCAUGGAACAACUGCUUGUGGGUAGCAAAGCAUAGGUUUAUGAAAUAUUGAUUCAUAACACUUAAGCAAAUUUUAAAUUCUUUGGUUUGAUACUGCAGUAUAUGCAGAGGGUUUUUUUUGUUUGUUUUUUUCAGUUUCUGGUCAUGUAAGUAUAGGCUGUCAAGACAGGGAGAUGAUCAUCUGUCGAAGAACUUUUGAUGGUUUUAUUUGCAGUAAGGUGUAGGCUUUUUUUGGAUAUUAUAUUUUGUGUGUAUGUUGAAGGCGUUAUAGCAGUACCUGGUUUUCCUUAGUGUUUUUUUUUCUAAUUUUAUUUUGUUGGAUGGAGUUCAGGAAUAAAACCUUUUUGAUACAAGUCAAUUGAGGGAGGUGUUUCUUUCUUAAA